GUGUAGGAUAGCCUUCAUAACAUUUAUCCUGUCUGUUAGCAGGACAGUUUCACCUACGCUUUCUGUGAUAUAUCGAUUGAAAUACCAUUGAAGUCAUGUUGAUCUAUAGUUAGGUUAUGAUUACAACGUUGUUUCAAUAGUAAUAUUGGUGGAAAUACCAUUGAUAUCGCAUUGAUUCUGCGUUGUGAUUUCAACGUUGUUUCAAUAUUAAAUAAGGGUGCGAAAUGAUGUUGAAUCAACAGACAAACAUGGUAUCAUCUCAUUCACAAUAACUUCAUAGAUUAACAUAAUAUAAAGAUACUGACAGAUUAUAAUUUGUUUGUCAAAAUUGUCACGGCCCCGCCCCCCUGAGUUUGUUUCCAUUACACACCUGCUCCUGAUCAUCAUUAUCACACACUACUUAACCUAUGGCCUGACAUCCAGUCCCUGCCGGAUCGUUAGACGUACCUGUACGUUGUGCUUUAGUGCCUGUAUUCAAAAGAUACCACAUCCUGUUCGCUUUGCAAGUAUUCCCUUAUUCACUUUUCUGACCGGACUCCUGCUCCUCUGUUUCAGCCACUGCACCCUGGAACCCGUUCACUCCCUCUAGCCACCCUCACCACCGACCUGCACGUUUGAACCCACCAUCUCCUGUACCCACCUGUCACCAAUAAACACUUUUUGUUUCACCACCUACCAGUCCCGGUCUGCAUUUGAGUCCCAUCAAUGGGAUUUGUGACAAAAAUAUAAUUUACCAGAGAUGUAAUGAGUUUGUAACAAAUAUUUGAAAUGUAUAAUUCUAGUCUUUAAACUCACAGAAAGAAACACAGGAAGAUGAUGAUGACACAUCAUCUUCCUGUGUCACAAGUUCAGACAAGAAUGAGGGGUGAAGUGUAGGCAUGGAGGAAUAAAGUUGAACUGUCUACGCACUACCAGGUGGAAAAACCUGCUGCGCAACCUGUUUGUACUUGUCAUUAUAAUUCAUUGGAAUUCCCUCAAACGUGAUGGGUGAACUUUUAACAAGUUAACCCGUGGGAGUUAUCUCCAGGUACAGAUGCAUGGAGGGCGGUGUACACCAUCCAUGGAGACACAGGCAACCACUUCAGAAUCACCACUGACCCACAGAGCAAUGAAGGAGUCCUGUUUGUUGAUAGGGCCCUGGACUAUGAGAAGGGAUCUCUGAGGAACCUCUCUGUCAGUGUGACAAACAUGGUGCCCUACCACACUUGUCGGGUCAAAAGGCGUCCUGACAAAGGUUUAUGGGAUGUGGUUACCACUGGAGAUGUCCCAGCCAUCCGCCAGAUGGUGGUGACCGUGGAGGAUGUAAAUGAGCCUCCUUUCUUCACUCCUGAUGUCAAAAACAUUACGGUGGAUGAGAACAUGCCGUGUGUGGGAAUCCUCAGUGCGUCCCCCCCUGAGACUCUGGUCCGGAAGAAGAGACACUGGAUCAUAGAUUCGUUUCAGAUCACAGAGGAGUAUCCUGGUCCUUUCCCUUAUUUGCUGGGCAAAAUCAAGGUUGAGAAAAAUGUCUCGAUUGGUUUCAAUCUACAAGGUCAGGGAGUAACGGAGGAUCCAAAAGAAACCUUGACCAUCGACACACACACAGGUGAAAUUUGGGUUAAUAAGAAGAUAGACUACGAGAAGCAUCAAAAACUGAUGGUCACAUUCGAGGCCAAAAACUUACAAAACAAUGUUGUGGACACCAGACUAGGGGUGGAAGUGGAGGUGAUGGACAUCAAUGACAAUGCUCCUAGAUUUGAAAAGGAAACUUAUACUGUCAACCUAAAGGAGUCCGCAUCUCAGAAUACAUUUCUAACUGGGGUUCUAGCAUCAGAUAAGGAUAAAUACAUGACCAACAAUGGCACACUUGACCUCAGGAUUGUUUCUGUCAGCCCACUGCCAAUUGACCUGGAGUUCUACAUCGAGCAGAGUGGCCCAGGGAACCAUCGAGUUGGAAUAAUCCAGUUUAAAGGAUGUCUUGACCAUGAGAAAGCAGAAAAAUACACCAUCCUGGUGGAGGCCAAGGACCGCGGAGAGAAGGUUCAGCUCUCCAGCAUCUCCACCGUCAUUAUAAACAUAGAGGAUGGAAACAACCACCUGCCUGUCUUCACAGGACAAACAGGCUCAGGAAGAGUGAAGGAGGGGGAUGAGAAAGUACCAGUUUUACGAAUGCAAGUUUCAGACCAGGACACUCCAGGUACAGAUGCAUGGAGGGCGGUGUACACCAUCCAUGGAGACAAAGGCAACCACUUCAGAAUCACCACUGACCCACAGAGCAAUGAAGGAGUCCUGUUUGUUGAUAGGGCCCUGGACUAUGAGAAGGGAUCUCUGAGGAACCUCUCUGUCAGUGUGACAAACAUGGUGCCCUACCACACUUGUCAGGUCAAAGGUCGUCCUGACAAAGGUUUAUGGGAUGUGGUUACCACUGGAGAUGUCCCAGCCAUCCGCCAGGUGGUGGUGACCGUGGAGGAUGUAAAUGAGCCUCCUUUCUUCACACCUGAUGUCAAAAACAUUACGGUGGAUGAGAACAUGCCGGUAGGAUUGAGUCUGGAGGUGUUCACAGCCAAAGACCUGGACCACAACUACGACAACACCUUGCUGUACAUGAAGGGAGAGGACCUAAAUGAGUGGGUCAAAGUGGAUUCAAAGUCUGGAACCAUAACCACAGCCAAGAUAUUAGACAGAGAGGCCCCCAACAUCAUCAAUGGUCACUACAAAGUGACUCUCUACGCUGUUGACUCAGGUAAGCCACCCAUGACUGGAACUGGAACCCUCAACAUCCACCUAAAUGACCAGAAUGAUAAUACGCCUUUUCUGGAGAGGACGAGCAUGGACAUGUGUCUGUCAGACCAGGCCUCUGUUACCAACAUCACUGCCUUGGAUCUGGAUGGAGACCCCUACAGUGGGCCCUUCCACUUCCAGCUUGAGGGGGAUGUCAAGGACAAGUGGAAGCUUGAACCCAACAAUGGCUACACGGUGAGCUUAGUGAAGGAGGCCACAGUGCAUGCUGGGUAUCAUGAGCUGAAGCUAAGGGUCUUUGAUCUACAGGGACAGCAAGCUGUGCACAACCUGUCAGUCACUGUGUGUGAGUGCUCCCAAAUACAACACUGUGACCUCCGCAGUGCCACACAGCUGGGAGGUGGGACAGCCAUCGGGAUACUCUUGGCCCUCCUGCUGCUGGGCGUCCUGCUGCUUGCCCUCAUGCUGUCCUGUGAGGGUGAGAUGAGGCCCAUCCUAGAAGAAAGCUCAGGCAACAUAAUGAAAUCAUACAUUGAAACACCAGGAAGUGACUGUGUGGUACCCCUCCUUCCUCUGCAAAUCCCUGCAAUAACAGCAGUGACUCAAGACAAUUAUGAAAAACGUACGGCAGCGGGAGCUGAGCUGGGGUCUCAGAGCUCAAAUCUGCUUAGGGAUUCAGUGUACCAACCAGGUCUAGGAAGACAACAAGGCUCCUUCCACUGGGUACAGUCAACUACAUUGAACCAAAGUAUGAGUAUAAGAAGUAAAUAUUGGUCUGAGGAUUCUUAUCUGGACAAAUAUGAUGCUCUGCUCCCUGUACUCCACAAGAAGACGUACAGACUCCAGAUGCAAGGGAAUGAGCUGGGUGACUACUCCCCCCACCCCUAUGCAGAAGAGGGGGACCCAGAGACCAGCUCCCAGCUGGAUGCCAUCUCCAUCCCUGAGAGCCCCUUUAACACAGACAUGCUGCUACACCUAGGGCCCAGGUUCAACACCCUGGCCUCUCUUUGCACGACUAAGCUCAACUCAUCCUGAACUGCCCUCUCCUUGCUCUCUGCUCUCUCUCUUUGGAUGCAUCUUAGCCGUGUUGUACGCUAGAAACUGUAGGCUAUUGGAUGUUAUUGAGCUUUAUGUUCAACAUAAACAUUAAUCAGUAAAACUGAUGACUGUUAACCCUGUGAAGCCUGACAUAUCAACUAAUAUCCCGAAAAUGCUGUUGUUUUGUUAUUAUAGUGUUUAUUGGACCUUUAGUCAAAACAUUUUUUUUUAUGCUGGAUAAAAUGGAUAGAGAUCAAGUGACUACUGAGUGAGUGACUACUAAGGUGGUCUUAUUGUUCUGUGGCAUUUGGCAGGUGACCGAUACCACAAACCAAAGAUGUAUGUACAGGAAUUGGCAUAUAAGUAACUUGUUAAAAAGUUGUUGUUGAUUAUGUAGUGUUUUCUUAAGGCAGCUUUUUUGUCUUAAAAAGCCGUAUAAAAUGUCAAUAACGUCUUACACAUUGUACGACCAGAGAUAGUGCUUAGCGGCAAGCUCUUAUCACUUUUUUUUUUUUCUCGAGGCAUCGACAGGUUAUUCUCUCCCUGUAAAUACCCAUGCUAGAAAGAGUUUUGGCUUGCUAAUGUUGUUGCUAAUGUUGCUAAUGCUCUGACAUUCUGGUUCCGCUUGUAGGGUGACCAGACGUCCUCUUUACCCGGACAUGUCCUCUUUUCGAGACCUAAAAAAUGCGUCCGGUAGGGAUUCCAAAAACUUCGGUGAUUUUAUGUCGUCGGAUGUUUGUGUUUCUCUGGGACUUUCACAAACCAAUUAUUACACAGACAUCCCAGAGAAUGUCUAAUAAAGAGAACUCCCACUUCCGGGAAACUUCCGGGUUCUGAACUGGUUGCAGUUCCACUC